CGACAUGCACUGCAGCCCUCAGCCUAGAGGACGUUGAGUACGAUUAUAGCGGAAUUUCUCUGUGAAAGAUAUCCACCAGCUGAAGAUGUCUGACCAGAUCGAGGAGAAGAUCAAGAGCUACAGGACGGCUCCAUUCGACGCCCGCUUCCCAAACACUAACCAGACCCGCAACUGUUACCAGAACUAUCUGGAUUUCCACAGAUGUAACAAAGCUCUGUCUGCCAAAGACCAGGACACAGCUCCCUGCGACUGGUACAUGAGGGUCUACAAGAGCCUCUGUCCCAUCAGCUGGGUUCAGAAAUGGGACGAGCAGCUGGAGUCGGGAUCUUUCCCCGGAAAGAUCUGAGCGGACCCAUUCCUCUCCAUCCCUCUAAACCUUUCUUCAUCCUACUAUCUUAAUGUGAAGCAUCUGCUCUUUCUGUACAAAAACGACUGAAUAUAUAAUGUUACUGUGAA